AGAUUAAAAACAGGGAGCAGGGACGUAUUCAGAUUUUCCGACACCAUGGGAAUUCACGGACUUGCAAAGUUAAUCGCCGACCAGGCACCCUCGGCUAUCAAAGAGCAAGACAUCAAAAGCUACUUUGGACGGAAGAUCGCCAUUGACGCAUCCAUGUGCAUAUACCAGUUUCUUAUUGCGGUCAGACAGGAUGGAAACGUGUUACAAAACGAAGAUGGCGAGACCACAAGCCAUCUGAUGGGGAUGUUUUACCGGACUAUCCGGAUGCUGGAGAGUGGCAUUAAACCCGUUUACGUGUUUGACGGCAAGCCCCCUCAGCUCAAAUCGGGAGAGCUGGAGAAGAGAGUAGAGAGGAGAGCGGAAGCUGAAAAGCUACUGGCUCAGGCCCAGGAAGCAGGGGAACAAGAGAACAUUGACAAGUUCAGCAAACGUCUAGUGAAGGUUACCAAGCAACACAAUGAGGAGUGUAAGAAACUGCUCACUCUGAUGGGAGUCCCUUACAUUGAGGCUCCGUGUGAGGCAGAAGCCAGCUGUGCGGCCCUGGUGAAAGCUGGUAAAGUUUUCGCCACGGCAACCGAAGACAUGGACGGACUGACGUUCGGCACCAACGUGCUGCUGAGACACCUGACUGCCAGUGAAGCAAAGAAACUGCCCAUUCAGGAGUUCCAUUUCAGUCGGGUUCUUCAGGAUGUCGGCCUCACCCACGAGCAGUUCAUAGACCUGUGUAUACUGUUGGGUUGUGAUUACUGUGGAACCAUCAAAGGAAUCGGACCGAAGAGAGCCAUAGACCUGAUCAAACAGCACGGUUCCAUCGAGGAGAUUCUGGAGAACAUCGACCCAGCUAACCCUGCCCCAGAGGACUGGUUGUAUAAGGAAGCGAGAGAACUCUUUCUCAAGCCAGACGUGAUAGACUGCUCCACCGUGGAGCUGAAGUGGACGGAACCAGACGAAGACGGCCUGGUCCAGUUCAUGUGCGCGGAGAAACAGUUCAGUGAGGAACGUAUUCGUAACGGCUGUAAGAAAAUCCUGAAGAGUCGACAGGGCAGCACGCAGGGUCGACUGGACACGUUCUUCACGGUCACUGGCUCUUUGUCGUCCAAACGCAAGGAACCUGAGGUGAAAGGAUCCGUAAAGAAGAAGCAGAAGACAGGUGCCACGCCGGGGAAAUUCAAAAAAGGUCGAUAAAAAAAAUCUGGGAGCAGGGCAAAGCUCCGAAGUGUAGCGACGAAAAGUUCAGCGGACCGGGAUCACCUGUC